UUGGAAGUGGCUGCAACCGCCGGCAUAGACCCAUGCGUAAUUUCAAGCCGUAAACAAGCAAUUUUUGUGCAUACCAAAUAUUGUGCCGUGUCAUGUGGGCCUGUCGCAUUUUUUCCAGUUUAGCUGUAAUUUUCUUGGUGAUUUCGCUGAUCAUCGGAUACAUAGCCCAGAUUCCAAUCGAAAACGAAGAGAUUAUAAACAGAAUGGCCAGCAAUAUAGACGAGAAGAUGGACGCGUUUAGAGAAAAGAAUCAGACUGCGUUUGUAGUCGGUUACACUGGAGAGGUGGGCAAGGAAGUCGUCAAGGAGCUAGCUCGCACCAAGAUCUUCAGCAACGUAUUCUUGAUUGGCAGGAGAGAGGUCAAGUAUGAAGACGAACUCUUCAAAGAUUUCAAGAUGGAGCAGAAAAUUGUUGAUUUUGACAAGCUAGACGACUUUGCUAAUGUCUUCAAGGGUCACAGCGUUGGCAUCUGUGCCUUGGGCACGACCAAAGGCAAAGCCGGCAAGGAAGGGUUCAUUAAGGUUGAUCAUGACUACACCAUGAAGGUUGCUGAGCUAGCUAAGGCAGGAGGUUGCAAACAUUACAACCUGAUUUCUUCUUUGGGUGCCAACAAAAACAGUUUUUUUCUGUAUACAAAGGUCAAGGGACAAGUGGAAGAGGAGACUCGUGAGCUUGGCUUUGAGAGAGCAACUGUUUAUCGACCAGCUGUGCUGAUGUGUGACAGACAGGAAAGCCGUACAGGUGAAUGGUUCAUCAAAAAGGUCCUGGCCCCUAUGGAGUAUUUGUCGCCAGGCUCAAUGACAUCACCAACGACCACUGUUGCCAAAGCUGUCGUCAAUACCAUCAUAUCACCGGUGACCCAAGCUUUCGAGAUAAUUGAAGCCAAAGCUAUUCAUAGGCUUACAAAGCCCCAGGCAGCGAAAGCUUGCAAGAUGCAAGCUGCUACUGACGACCAGGCUACAGGAGUGACAGACACCCAGACGCCAGUGGCAACAGACACCAAGGCACAGGAAGCAGCAGAACCCUAGACACAAGCACACUCAGACCACAAAACAACUGCGCAAAUGAGCCUGCAUCCCCACAGGCACUGACAGCAACCACACAGCACUGACAGUGACACCAACCAAAACAGAGAGAUACCAGCAAUCAAAAUGUCAUACCCAGUACAGGAUCAGGAACAACAUAGGUGACAGUGCCGAUAUCAACAAAUCAAAUAAUAGGUAAUCCAUCAUGUCUACAAGUUGCUUACGACCCCUGACACAUCUACCUGUUCAUCUUUAAAGAUAGAGACAGCCACAAAUAAUCCCCAAAAUAAAUUAGAAUGGAAACAAAUCAGUAAUUGGAUUAUCUCAGAAAAUCUUACAAGGAAGUGCCUGAAACAGAUGUGACGUGAUUUUGUGAGCUUGUGUAUAAUUUUUCGCAGAUGGAAAUACUAGAUGUACAGAUUCUCUUGACUUUUAAAUAUUACUAUCUGAAAUUUUUCAAAUUUUAAUACAAAUACAUCCACGAAUGCUGGUUUAUUUUGAUAUAAUUUACAUUUAUAUAUGUGAUUUAGCCGACCAUGGCAUUGUUGGAAGUUUCUAGUGAUACCUGUUGAUAAGAAACUGCAUAGCUUGUCUUUGUCUUUCGUCAACCAUAGGUAACGCUAUUUAGGGCUGCAAAAUAAAAAAGUGCAACCAAAAAGGUAAAGGCAAUAUCAAGAUGAAAUAAAAUAAAACAAAAACCUGGUGUAUCUACCACAUGCCGGGAAAAGGGUUAUAAUUCUCUGAAGAAAUGAAAAUAUAAUGUCCUUUCUCAUUGGUUGAUAGAGAGUACAUGUACUAUGCUACGGGUGGAACAAAUAUGGACUAACCCUGACUUGCUUUGCAAGAGUUCAAGCUUUUCUCAACGAUUUCUCUCAGUUGCUUGUUGAUCACCAUGCUCUCGACAAUGUGAAUUUUUCAUGUCGGCGCAGUUGGAAAUAAUUUACUUGCACUUGAGUUUGCAAAUGAGAAAUCAAUACAGAUUAGGAAAUAACUUGGAUAUUUUACUGUUCUUCAGACUUAACCCUUUUCUUUCUUGAAAGCAAUGUAUGAUUCCACUUUGGUUGUCCAUUAAAAAGCAGAUUAUAUGCUUGCUGUAGUCUGUAUGU